CAGAACCGGGGACACCUGACGCUGUGACACCGACGCCGGGCAUGGACCCCUUAUGCAAACUGUCCAGUGUUCCAGAACGUGUUUUGUGAGGCCCGUCUCAGGGGAGGAGGAAGACAACAGUGUUUUGUGAGGCCCGUCUCAGGAGAGGAGGAAGACAACAGUGUUUUGUGAGGCCCGUCUCAGGGGAGGAGGAAGACAACAGUGUUUUGUGAGGCCCGUCUCAGGGGAGGAGGAAGACAACAGUGUUUUGUGAGGCCCGUCUCAGGGGAGGAGGAAGACAACAGUGUUUUGUGAGGCCCGUCUCAGGGGAGGAGGAAGACAACAGUGUUUUGUGAGGCCCGUCUCAGGGGAGGAGGAAGACAACAUGGCUGCCAUGCGGGUGCCCCUGGUGCUGCUUGCGUGUGGCUCCUUCAACCCCAUCACCAACCAGCACAUGAGGCUGUUUGAGCUGGCCAGGGACCACCUGCACGGCACAGGCCAGUACAAGGUGGUGGGUGGGAUCGUGUCCCCAGUAAGUGACGGCUACGGCAAGCAGGGCCUGGUAUUGGCGAAGCACCGUGUUGCCAUGGCGAAGCUGGCACUGCAGAGCUCAGAUUGGGUGUCUGUGGACGACUGGGAAAGCCAGCAGCCUGAUUGGACGGAGACGGUGGUCACCUUGAGGUCAGCCCCUCCCAGAACCAACCCAGUUGUAGAACCUUCACAACAGAACCUACCAAGUUCUAGAACCUUCCAGAGCUCUUGUACAACAGUGAUGUACCACUAUGGGAGGAUUCUGAAGCAGUACCAACAGAAAUUGGAGGACAGAGACAGCAUGUCCUCUCAACCCCCCAGCCCUACAGCCCCCCAGCUGAAGCUGCUGUGCGGCGCUGACUUCCUGGACUCGUUCAGCGUGCCGGGCUUGUGGCUGGAGGCCCACGUGGAGGAGCUGGCCGGACGCUUCGGCCUGGUGUGUGUGAGCCGGGGCGCCCUGCAGCCGGAGUGGGCCGUGCACCGGUCCGACACGCUGUCCCGACACCGGCAGAACAUCUUCCUGGUCCGGGAGUGGAUCCGGAACGAGAUCAGCGCCACCGAGGUGCGGCGGGGCCUGCGGCGCGGGCAGAGCGUGCGCUACCUGGUCCCUGACAGCGUCCUGGAGUACGUCCAGCAGCACCACCUCUACACACACGACAGCGAGACGCUCAACCAGGGAGCCCCUCUCAGACCCCUCACCAAGCAGGCUUCUGACGCCUGAAGCAGACGGAGGAAUAGACAGAUUUAUAAACUGAUGCCUUUAUAGACUGACAUACCGACAGAUUGACACACCGACAGAUUGAUAGACUUACAGAUAUACAGACUGAUAGACUAUAGACUGAUAACAGAGGCAGACUUAAACAGUUGUGUCGUCUGCACUUCAUACUAGACCACUUCAUACUGCAGAUUUAACUCCUUGGAUGCCACAUCCUUCAUUAAAGAAAUGAACAUUUGUCAGAAGCACAGAGCAGAGUAUGUCAGGCCAGGGACUGGUUUACCAGUCAGAUGAUACAUCUCUCAAGCACAACCAGCUAGAAAACAUGAAGACAUUAAGAGUGUCGAAGCACUAUGACUGAUGAACGAAAUAGUCAGUUGUCGCCAUAAAAUAUAUUUUGGAUGAUCAUAAUAUUAGGAUAGUAGAAUUAUAUGUUAAUUUUGAUGGAUUUCCAUGAAACAGUGUGUGAACUGGGCACUAAAGCGUUCUGUGUUUGGAA